CCGGUAUGCGGUAGAAUCCGAACAGCGCGGCCAGCGACAGCGACACAUCUCGACACAGCAGACCUCAUACCUCCAUCUCACCAUGAACACAACCCUUGCGUCGCUGCAAGCCGGCGAACUCCCGACCACUGCGCUCGCCUUCAUCGACAAUGUUGCUGCCUCCUUACAGAAGAUCCCAGGUUCCUCCAUUGUAAUACGAUACAUCCGUUCAUCAUACCAGAAUGAUCCCGUGCGAAGCGUCGUCGAGCUCUUCUUGUUCCUCUUUGCCGUGAAAUACUUCUUGACGCCUACAUACAGCACCAAAAAGGGGAAGAACAUACCGCUGAGCGAGUAUGAGAUUGACGAAUUGGUGGAGGAAUGGCAGCCAGAGCCAUUGGCUGGCGAAGAGACCGAUUUUGAGCGACACGAAAACGAGAAAAGACCCAUCAUUGCUGGGCCAGCAGCACCCAAGGCCAAACUCACCAACGGACGAACGGUAACGAAUCUUGCCAGCUACAAUCACUACAACUUUGCCGCCAAUCAAGAUCUUACGAACAAGGCCAUCAACACCGUGCGCACAUAUGGUGUUGGUCCCUGUUCACCUCCUGGCUUCUACGGCACACAGGACGUGCACAUGAAGAGCGAGGCAGAUAUCGCUGCGCAUCUAGGUGUGCCGGCUGCGAUUAUCUAUGCCCAGAGCUUCUCGACCAUCAGCAGUGUGAUACCGGCAUUCAGCAAGAGAGGCGAUAUCAUUGUUGCCGACAAGGCUGUAAACUAUCCUGUGCGCAAAGGAAUACAAAUCUCGAGAAGCACCGUCUACUGGUACGAGCACAACGAUAUGGAGGACCUCGAGCGCGUGCUGCAAAAGGUGGUCAAAUCAGGUCAGGGCAAGCCAUUGACGAGACGGUUCAUCGUAACAGAAGGACUGUUUGAGAAUGUUGGAGACAUGGUGGAUCUGCCCAAGAUCAUCGAGAUGAAGUUCAAGUACAAGUUCAGAAUCAUUCUUGACGAGACUUGGUCAUAUGGCAUUUUGGGAAGGACCGGCAAGGGUGUGACUGAACAUCAAAACGUGGAUCCUAACAACGUCGACAUGAUCAUUGGCGGUCUUGCUGGUGCCAUGUCUAGUGGCGGAGGUUUCUGUGCAGGCACGGAAGAGGUCGUUGAACAUCAGCGUCUGUCUGCUGCGGCCUACACGUUCUCUGCAGCGCUUCCUGCAUUCUUGGCCACCACUGCGUCCGAGACAGUCACAAUACUGCAAGAAGAGCCAAGCAUCAUUCAGAAUCUACGCGAAAACAUCAAGGCAAUGCGAGCGCAAUUGGAUCCGAGGAGCGACUGGGUGCAGUGCACAAGCUCGCCCGAGAAUCCAAUCAUGCUUCUCACGCUCAAGGACCAGCACGUCCAGGACCGUGGCUUUACGAGAGCAGAGCAGGAAGCGGUGCUGCAAGAUUGUGUGGACGAGGCCCUCAAUAACGGCGUUCUUAUCACACGCCUCAAGUCCAUGCCUCAAGCGCUCGGCGUGGCACCCAAAGACCUUGAGAAGGAAUGGCAGGCCAGACCCGCUAUCAAGGUCUGCAUCACCACCGGUUUGACCAAGAAAGAGACAGAGAAGGCUGGCAUCAUCAUCAGACAUGCGAUCACCUCAGUAAUGAAGAGCAGAAAGUGGACCAGAUAGCGGCACCGAAUCAUAGGCUUGGCGUUUGGAUGAAAUGGAGCAUUGAAAGUACGGUCGAGGCCGGAAGCAUGUAUAGCGAUUAUAGGAGAUGUAAUAUGAAGAGUCUUUUC